AUGGAGAUCCUAACAUGCACACUCAUUGUCAUUUCACUCUCUUCUCUCUCAGUUUCUCAUUCUGAAUAUCCAACUUCAGAUAGAUCACAAUUGCCGCUAUUCGCUUUUAGUUGGUGGGAUGACAAGGGCACAUUCGAGGCUGGUGACACAGCAACCAUUAAGGUCAAAGUGCUUGAGAAUGCUGAUAAGAUUGACAAAAAUGUUUUUGUGCCCAUACUCACUGUGAAUGGAAAGGAAGGGAACAGUUCCUAUGUAUCUACAGUGUUGUCAAAUUUUGAAGGAGACCCGAAUGACUGGAAGAUUUCAUUCACACCCAUCAAAGUCGGAUUGUUUAAUGUACUCAUCAAUGAGGACCGUUAUAAAAUUUAUGAUUCAUCCUUGCAUUUCCAAGUUGAGCCAGGAAACAUGUACCCAUCAGUGUGUGUUGCAUCAUGGAAGGGCCUGAAACAUGAUUAUGAAGUUGGUUCAAAAGCUACAAUCAUGGUACUCCUUAAAGAUGCGUUUGGGAACAGUAUCUCUAAGACGACUCAAGUUUCCUAUUUGCCUGAUUUUAAGCUGUCUGUGCUGCAUGAAAAUGGUUCUCUUGCAAGUGUUCCAGAUAUCUCCAACAUGGGAUGGAAUGAUUUUGAUUAUAUAGUCAUCGAGUUUAUUGUGACGAAAGCUGGAAACUUCUCCUUGGGCAUAGAAGGAGGAAAUCAAACCUUGAAUGGUUCUCCGUUACCAUUCAAGGUGAAUCCAGGAGCUAUAGAUGUCUCUAACUGUAUCGCCAAAUGGAGGUUUGACCCACAUGCAUGGCAAUUGGCUUCCAAGAUGGAAAUUUUCGUACAUCAGUUAGAUCAAUAUGGAAAUCUGGUUUCUGGACUGUAUCCAUUUGAUGCUGAAGUUGUUGAAAGAGAUACAAACUUGUCAAUACCGAUAGCAGAUCUUCACUUUGUGGAAGUGGAUGCUGGAAUUCAGUUGUUUUCGUUUAGCAAUUUGGAGCCCGGGAACUUCCUGUUGACAAUAUAUGAUUCCAAGCAUAAUAAAAGCAUUUCCAAUAUGCCAUAUGUUUAUACUGUUUUUAUAGGUUAUUGUGAUGGGGUGAAAAGUGUUGUUAAUGGGUCUGGUUUAAACGAUUCAGUAGCUGGGGUGAAGGCAAAAUUCUCUGUUUAUUUGAAUGACAUCUAUCAAUAUCCUUCACCUGUUGAAGCAGACAUACUUCGAGUACAAAUCUUAAGAGAAAAUGACUCCUAUAGUGUUUUACCAAUCAUAUAUCCUAUGCUAAACAAAAAUGGGAGCAGAAUAGGUUCAGGAAUUAGAUAUGAUGGUAAUAUGGAAACUGCCCCGUCACCUUCAACAGGGCUAAGCAACAAUUAUAAUGGAAGCGAGAGCUUCGUAAUGGCCAGUGCUUUUCAGGUGGAUUACACGCCAGAAAAAAGUGGAUUUUAUGAUAUUAAUGUAUAUUGUGGAAACAUAUUAUUGAAUGAUGGACAUCCAUUCAGAAAAGAGGUAAAAGCAGGUGAAAUAAAUAUUUCCUUGUCAACUGUUGUGUGGUUUUCUUCAAAGGUGCCAAAGCUGUCAAAAAAUGAAAUAGUUGUGCAGCUUGUAGAUUCAUAUUUGAACCCUGUCCCCUCACAACACUCAAGGUUGAAAUUGGAAAUUGCUUCAAAUAAUAGUUCUGGGUUUUCAACUUGGGACAUUAUAGACAAUAAGGAUGGAUCAUACAGUUGCAGCUAUAUGGUUAAAGAUGUUGGCACUUACGAUAUUUGUGCUUCCUUUGAUGGCAAGCGUUUCACGCCAUGUCCCUUCAGUAUCAAUGUGUACAGCAGUGAAUAUUUUCCCAAAGCCAACAACGAUACGAUAUCUAUUUGGGAGGAUCAAUCCAUUGCCAUUGAUGCCUUAGCAAAUGAUUAUUUUGCGGGUGAUAAUGCAAGUAUAGCUGAAUUCUCAAAAUCAGAUCAUGGUUCACUUAUACAGAAUGGAAGGAUCUUUCGUUAUACUCCUUAUAAAGGGUAUUAUGGAAAUGAUUCCUUCUGUUAUACAAUAUCUGAUAUAAAUGGAAAUCUUGCAACUGCUUCUGUGUACAUAUCUGUUCUCAAUAUUCCACCUCAGUUUGCUUCUAUUCCAAGUCAACUGCAAGCAACAGAAGAUUUGAUAAGCCCAAGAUUUGGUGGUUUCACUGGGUUUGAGAUAACUUACUCAAAUCCAAAGGAGAAUAUUUCUGUCAAUCUGAGAGCACAAUCUGGAAGUAUUCUUCUGUCUCCUAUAGCGAUGCAAUUUGGACAAGCAAUGUGGAGUGAACUUACAAUAAAUACAGGAAAUGAAACAGCAACCAGUCUUCUAAUAGAGGGCUCAGUGGAAGUAAUUAAUUUUGCACUUCAAUCAAUUCAGUAUCUGGGAAACGAGAAUUUUUAUGGCAUAGAUACCAUUCAAGUCUCUACCAUGAAUAAGAAUGGAGUAAAUUCAUUGGGCGUUCCAGUUUUAGUUGAUCCUAUCAAUGAUCCUCCAUUUAUUAGAGCCCCUUACUUCAUCAUAUUGGGAAGUAAUGAAGAUGAGACCCUUAUCUUUGACCAAGAAAAAGACAAGUUUGACUUUUUCAUUGGAGAUCCCGAUCUUUUUACCUUCCCUGGUGGUCAGGCUCAUUUUCUGGUGACGUUCUCAAUGGAAGUAAACGAUGGAGUAUUAGUUACUAAUCUACCUGUUCAUUUAAUCAAUACAACUGAACUCAAGCACAUGAAUAAUUAUCAGUGGCAACCUCUUCAGACAUAUGUUACUAUCUCUAAGCACUUUAUGGUCAAAGCUAUUGGAAUCAGAUUUCAGGGCACAGUCAAUGACUGUAAUACUGUUAUGCAGCAACUGUUCUAUCAUGGAGGUGAGCAUGGAGCUGUUUUAACAAUGACAUUGAAUGACAUGGGAAACUAUGGAUGUUAUCCAGAUUGUGCAGAGGGAAUGUCAAUGCCAUUAUAUGCUGAGGCUAUGGUAAAUUUAAUGACAAAGCAGCCAAUGAGUUCAUUUCUUGCUCACACCUUAGGAUCAAUCAUUGUCAUCGAAUUUGUUAUCAUGUUCUCUCUUGGAGUGUUGCUUUUGUACUUCACCUGUAAAUGUGCAAUUCUUCUUGCACAUGAAAGAAGAAACUGCAAGAAAAAGUCGUCAGAGCUAUCAACUGUUCCAAGUUCCGAUAAAGAAACUUCAAGUGUAAACAUAUCUGAGAAUGCUACUCAUUUCACUGGUUGUUGUUCAAGUCCUUCCUUGCUUUGUUUUGGUAUGCAAUCCUCCAACUUUCGACAACGGUUUCGUCCUCUAUUUCAAGUUGGAGAAUCAAGCACGGCAAUAAACCAAACCUCUCCUUCAACAAGUGAAAACCAGCCUACAACUGUGCCUACCUCGAGCACCUCUUGCCUUUGA